AGGGACCAGAGGAGUGAGAGAGGACUCGCAAUGCAGUUCGCAGACUAAGCAGAAGAAAGAUCAAAAAACGGGAAAGAGGGGACGAACGAACAGGCACUUUCAAGAACAAUCCCCCCAUCUCCAAGCGGACAGCGCUCUAGGAAUCCAAAUUCAGUGCCCACCGAAGACAAAGGCGACCCAAGGGAGUGGCGGCGCGACCCCAGGGCUUGGGGCCCCCGCCGCGGAGCCUGCACGGUUGGCUGCCGGGACGGUCGCGGACCAUGUCUCCUGCCCCACGGCCCACCGGCAGUCUGCUGCUACCCCUGCUCACGCUCGCCACUGCGUUCGCCUCCCUCAGCUCGGCCCAGAGCAGCUUCAGCCCCGAAGCCUGGCUGCAACAGUAUGGCUACCUGCCCCCCGGGGACCUGCGCACGCACACACACCGCUCACCCCAGUCCUUCUCAGCUGCCAUCGCUGCCAUGCAGAGGUUCUACGGUCUGCGCGUGACGGGCAAGGCUGAUGCGGACACCAUGAAGGCAAUGAGGCGUCCCCGCUGUGGCGUUCCAGAUAAGUUUGGGGCCGAGAUCAAGGCCAAUGUUCGAAGGAAGCGCUAUGCUAUCCAGGGCCUCAAAUGGCAGCAUAAUGAGAUCACUUUCUGCAUCCAGAAUUACACACCCAAGGUAGGUGAGUAUGCCACAUUCGAGGCCAUUCGCAAGGCAUUCCGCGUGUGGGAGAGCGCCACACCGCUUCGAUUCCGAGAGGUGCCCUAUGCCUAUAUCCGCGAGGGCCAUGAGAAGCAAGCAGACAUCAUGAUCUUCUUCGCUGAGGGUUUCCACGGUGACAGCACACCUUUCGAUGGCGAGGGUGGCUUCCUGGCCCAUGCCUAUUUCCCGGGCCCCAACAUCGGAGGGGACACCCACUUUGACUCUGCUGAGCCCUGGACUGUCAGGAAUGAGGAUCUGAAUGGGAAUGACAUCUUUCUGGUGGCUGUGCACGAGCUGGGCCAUGCCCUGGGCCUUGAGCACUCCAAUGAUCCCUCAGCCAUCAUGGCGCCCUUUUACCAGUGGAUGGACACAGAGAACUUCGUGCUGCCCGAUGACGACCGCCGGGGUAUCCAGCAACUUUACGGGAGUCAGUCAGGGUCCCCCACCAAAAUGCCGCCGCAACCCAGGACGACCUCCAGGCCCUCUGUCCCCGAUAAGCCCAAAAACCCCACCUAUGGGCCCAACAUCUGUGACGGUAACUUCGACACUGUGGCUGUGCUCCGAGGGGAGAUGUUUGUCUUCAAGGAGCGCUGGUUCUGGAGGGUGAGGAAUAACCAAGUGAUGGAUGGAUACCCCAUGCCCAUCGGCCAGUUCUGGCGGGGCCUGCCCGCAUCCAUCAACACUGCCUAUGAGAGGAAGGAUGGCAAGUUUGUCUUCUUCAAAGGAGAUAAGCACUGGGUGUUUGACGAAGCUUCCCUGGAACCUGGCUACCCCAAGCACAUCAAGGAGCUGGGCCGAGGACUGCCUACUGACAAAAUUGACGCCGCUCUCUUCUGGAUGCCCAAUGGAAAGACCUACUUCUUCCGGGGAAACAAGUACUACCGUUUCAACGAGGAGCUCAGGGCAGUGGACAGCGAGUACCCCAAAAACAUCAAGGUCUGGGAAGGAAUCCCCGAGUCUCCCAGAGGGUCAUUCAUGGGCAGCGAUGAAGUCUUCACAUACUUCUACAAGGGGAAUAAAUACUGGAAAUUCAACAACCAGAAGCUGAAAGUAGAGCCAGGCUACCCCAAGUCAGCCCUGCGGGACUGGAUGGGCUGCCCCGCGUCAGGUGGCCGGCCGGACGAGGGAACGGAGGAGGAGACAGAGGUGAUCAUCAUCGAGGUGGACGAAGAGGGCAGCGGGGCGGUGAGUGCGGCCGCCGUGGUGCUGCCCGUGCUGCUGCUGCUCCUGGUGCUGGCAGUGGGCCUCGCCGUCUUCUUCUUCAGGCGCCACGGGACCCCGAAACGACUGCUCUAUUGCCAGCGUUCCCUGCUGGACAAGGUCUGACCCCCACGGCCGCCCACCCACUCCUACCACGAGGACUUUGCCUCUGAAGGCCAGUGGCAGCAGGUGGUGGUGGGUGGGCUGCUCCACCUGUCCCAGGCCCUCUCCCUACCCCGCCCCCCACCUCCCUUCUUUUCUAUCACCUGACUGCCUUUCUCCACCUCAACCCUGGCAUUGCUUCUUCCCUAGAUGGAGUCCCCUGGGGGCUGAUCAGGGGCUGCCCCUUUCAGCUCCUGCUCCCCCGCCAGGGGCCUCUGUAGCUUGGUGUGUGCCCAGCCCCAUCUGAAUGUCUUGGCUCUGCACUUGAAGGCAGGACCCUCAGACCUCGCUGGCAAAGGUCAAAUGGGGUCAUCUGCUCCUUUUCCAUUCCCUGAUAUAACUUUAACCUCUGAACUCUGACCUCAGGAGGCUCUGGGCACUCCAGCCCCACAAGCCCCCCCCACCCGGUGCACCCCCGUGGCAACCUCCUACCACUCUUUCUGGCUUAAAGGAAUCUAAUCUUGUUGAGAGGAGAGACCCUAAGAGAGUAGGAGUGGUGUGGGGGAAGGCCACACAGCCACCCUAAGACCUUGGGAGGGAAGCUCAGAGUCAGUCCGCUCUGCAAAGAUCUGCCUCUGCCCCACCUGGCCCCAAGGACGUCCCCAGGAGCCUGAGCCAUUAAGGGGCUGUAGAAACCCUUGACGGCCCUACCCCCAGAUGCCUUACCCCCACAAAUGUCAGCCUUGACUGGGGAUGUCUGGGUUAGAGGAGUGGAGAGCACAGGCUGCAGCUCCCAGGGUAGGAUGGCUAGGGCCAAGGAGAGGGACUGUCUCGACCCCUGGGGUGAGCCUGAAGGUGACAGAAGAAGAAUCUCACUCAAAUGCCAGCAGCUGGGAUAGGGACCAAGGGGCAGAGCAGUCAGGGGGAUAGGACAGGACCAAAGGCUAACCAGGGAGGCGCAGUGGGAGUGGAGGACCAGGGGAUGGGGGGGAGGGCGGCCAGGUGGGCCAGGCCAGCAGGGACUCCAUCAGGUGGGCGGUGGUUCCCAGGGGAGGCCAUGUUUUAUUGGAGGUCUGAGGAAGGGCUGGAGAAGGGCAUACCUACUCCACUUUGGUGCUCCACUCCUCCAGCCAGCAUACAAGUAUGGGAAGGGUAGGGAGCCCAGAGAAAAGAGCAGAGAUGACACACAUCCAGGGACUGGUGACUCGGGACCUUCAUGAGGGUGGCCACCUAGUAUAGGAGGUGACCAGGGGCUGACAGCACUCAGCAGCCUCAGCUGGCUUCAGUGAGGGGGCAGGUGCCUGGGGGGGUCUUGUCAGGUUAGCCCCUCACUGCCUGAUACCCCUGCCCCUCGUCCCAUCCUACCGUGUCCUGCUUCCUCUCCCCCACCCAGCCUGCCCAUUGGAAGUCUCCUCUGGCCACCACAGGUGGUCAUGGUACCUGGGACUUGAGAGUGAGACCCUGUGGGGACAGGGAGAGGAGAGGAAUGUUAGGGGUAGGGGAGUUCCGGGGGUGGGGGGUGGGGGUGGGGGUGUGUGGGAUGAACGGUGCUGGCAGUUCGGCUAAAUUUGUCUUGUUUGGUUUUUUUUUUUUUUGUUUCGUUUAAUGUAUAUUUUUAUUAUAAUUAUUAUAUAUGAAUUCCCUUCAAAUCGUUCCUUUUUGUUAACAAGGGGCAGGGGAAGGGUGGGGGUGGGGGGUGCAGAGGCAUCGGACCCCAGGAACCUGCAGGGCGGGGCUGGGUCAGUGCCCUCUAAGGACAUUUUUGACCUUGUUCAACCUUUCCACAAAGAAUAAAUGGUGUUUCACAUUC